CCUUAAACACAAGUAGAAAUAACACCAACUAGUCAUCAACAAGAACCUUUAACACAAAAUGGAAGGAAAUACAGUAAAGUUAGAUAAAUGGGGUUACCCUGUUAGAACUUCCUCUGAUUCUUGCAUUGAUGCUAUUAAUUCUUACUAUACAGAGUUUCUCAGUCAUGGGAGAAAAGCAUCAGUAAUAUUUGAAGCAGUAACUCAUGAUGAAAGCUGUGUUCUUGCUAAUACUUUAGCUGGUUAUUUAGCCUAUCCACUUGACCUUUCAAAAAGUCAAGUCCACCUCUCAUCUGCCAAAUCUCAACUAGAAAAUGCUACAUCGUAUGAAAAGGCUGUAUUUGCUGCUGUUUCUAGCUUGGUUGUGAAAAACAAGGAUGACCAACUGACAUAUGAUCGGCACUCAGAGUUAUUGGAACAGUUCCCUAAAGACUUGGCAUCCUUGAAAAGGGGACACAUUCUGUGCUUUUUCAUGGGUCGACCUGAUAAGUGUUUGACUCUUGUUGAGAAGGUUCUCCCACAAAAUGAAAAACAGGGCUACAUACACGGAAUUUAUUGUUUUCCUUUAUUAGAACUUGGAAGAAUGGAAGAUGCUGAGAAAGCUGCAAAGAAGGGAUUGGAAAUCAAUAAGGAUGACAUCUGGUCACAACAUGGUUUUUGCCAUGUUCUUCAAUAUGAAUGCCGCUUCAAGGAGGCAACAAAAUUCAUGGAGGAGAAUUCAUCUUCGUGGGAAUCUUGUACAUCAUUUAUGUUGACGCACAAUUGGUGGCAUGUUGCCGUUGGUUAUUUAGAUGGUCAUUCUCCAAUCUCCAAAGUCCUGGAAGUUUAUGACCACCGUAUCUGGAAAGAGCUAGAAAAAAGUGACGCUUCACGCACAGAGGUCUAUCUGAAUGCUAUAGGUUUGUUGAUGCGUGUAUAUGUACGCGGUCAUGUUAUUUCAAUGGGGCACCGCCUGAAGAUCUUGGUGGAUUGUCUUACUGACCAAUCUGUCUGGCACAUUCAGUGGCAUCUGGAUAUAUUAAUAUUAUGGGCCUUAUCUAGGACCAGCAAAAUUACUGAAGCUGAAACUCUACUCAAAGAAAUGAAAUCCAGGAAGACGAAUCCAUCCUUGCAGAAAGGAAUCCAGCUUGCAGAAGGCUUGUUUGAAUAUGGGCAAAAAAAUUACGAGAAGGCCUUUCAAUUGUUGGGUCCAGAUUUUGAUACCCAUGACUACAAGAUUAUUGGGGCAUCGGAUGAACAGCUUGAUGUUUUUAAGGAAGUUUGGUACAAUGUUUUGUUGGAAACUGGACGAUACCAGAUAGCGAUCCACGAAAUCAAGAAGCAGAUUCAAAAGACCAAAGGAGUUCCUUUCUUGUGGCAUUUGCUGGGGAGAGCUUAUGAUCACGAAGGAAAUAAAUAUGAGAGCUAUAUAUCAACAUAUGAGGGCAAAAAGUUGGAGUCUGCAUAUUUUUGACAGCCGGUAUGAUGACGUGGAUGAGCAAGUUAUAGCCUAUGGAAGCUAAAAACACGAGUAUCGAAAUUUAGCUCAAGACGGGUGUAUUUUGAUUAAAAACGGGCGAACAAUAAAGACAUGCUAUAUUGAUGCAUGGUAUUAGCAUUUAACGAAAUUCCAUCAUUUAGGGUUUUAGAAAGUCGUUUUCGUCGUUUUAGGAAAGUUUGUUUUCUUAAUAACUUUUUCGCUAGGAAUCUGUUUGGGUCGACGUAGAGUUUUAUUUCGAGAGAACUUUAAUUAUUUUAGAUAACCUAAAAUUUGCAAAAAUAACAAAUUAUUGUUUGAGUCAGGUUGGGUUGUUUUCAUCCUUUCUUGUUGCACGAGUUAGGGUUUUUUCCUAAGUCUAUUUAAGAUUCCGCAAUUUUAUUAUUCUAGACAAAUGAUUCAUUAUUAAAAUUUAUUCCGCAGGUUUAACUCUGAUUUUUAUUUAUAGUCGGGAAACCGAGGUCUGAAUAAUUAUUUUUUUCAUAGUCAUUAAUCCCAGGAAUAAUUCGAGGUCUGAAAAAGAACGCGCAAUUGGGGGAUAUCAAAACUAAUUGGGGGAUAGAGGAAAAAGACAAAAACUGGAUCCAAAUAUCAAA